AUGGCGACAAACACUGACAAGACCAGUGACAAUGUUGCCUCUGAGCAACCACCCAUGCAAACACUGAACCCGCAGCCUGGAAGCGACUUUUCAAGCUUCUUGCCCCAGCAGGACAUUGACGCCAUGUACUUUGCCGAAUACGGAGAAACCACAGACGAAGACCGCUACGACUGGAUCUUGCUGUUCUGUGGCCUCCGCCAAGAUAUGUUGAAAAUCCAAGAAGACAUUGGUAUCGUUACGGAUGAGGGGGUGGAUAUCAGCGAUGCCGCCUCAUACUUCUCCGGUCAAUUCUAUGAGGUCAUGAAGGAGCGUGUUGCAGCAGUGGGACGCGGUGAGCCUAUUGUCGUAAAGGGUCAUCCGAAUAGGAUGCCAGGACAGAUGAUGAAGAAAUGGGCAGCCGACAUCGUAGCGGGUAAAAUUUCACUUUAUCAUCGCAUCGAGGCUGCGCUUGCCGAACAUAUCAAGGGACAUGAACAGUUGGCGCUUCAUGGGCUCGACCCAAACAUGGCUAAAGCGAUUUCAUCAGCCGAAAACUUGGAAGCAGAACACACUGGACCUGGAGAGUCGAUGUCUGCUGGGGACGACGCGCAGGAAUGA